AAAAAGAGUAAAAAAAAAAAAGGAAGAAGGGAAGUGCGUGUGCCAGCCCCGUUACGUUACUUCACAGUUGCCGGUUCGCCCCGUUUUUUUUGCGUGCGUGUGUGCGGCUUCCCGCUUUGCUCGUGUACGAAUCUCUCGCGUCGCGGAUCUCGCCGUGGACGCUGUCGCCUGCGGCGCCCUGGCCUUGAGGCUCCAUGUGCGGUCUUCCCCCACUGUUUCCUCCCUCUUUCUGUUGUUCCUUUUCUUUCUCGUACUCUGUUUCUUCCCUUCCCCUCUUGUGAUGCACUGCGGCAGAGUCUCUUUCGUCGUGGGGGCAAUUGCAGGAGUUCGUUCCCCCAUCUUUUUAAAAGGAAAAAAAAAGUAUAUUGUGUGUUGGUGUAUUUUCCCGUUGGGGGGUGGGAUGCAGCCUGCGACCGCGCCGUACAUCCUGCGUGCGCUCUACAAGGACGAGCACCUCCUUGA